CUACUAGUAGUAGUUGCCGUCAAUAAAUCCUGAAUGCUUUUAUUUUUUUCCCCUUCUCUGCUUAUUAUUUUUCUUCAUAGGUGAUUUGAAACUGCCGUGCCAAUCGCUUGUCUUCUUGCUAUUUUUGUGAGAUAGGAGAUCUUUGCUCUUACUUCUUGUUGGUUGACACUGAUCGACCACACAAUCGGGAGUUCUAGUCUAUCAUUAUGGCGAAUGAUUCAGCCUCCUCCUGUUGUGGGUUAUUUCACCCAAGGCCGAGGCUAAGACCGACUCCGAGAUCAACGGAGGACCACGGUCUACAGGGAGUUGAAUUCUCCCCCAGAUCGUCCAUUGGAAGUUCAACCGCCUCAGCCCCGGCUCAAACGACAUCUUCGUCCGCACCACUAGCCGCCCCCGCGACAAACAUCGACAAUCCGGAGAUAGCUGGAUACUACUCUCCACCAGCCCCGGUGGUACUCCCUGCCCCCCUUGCAUCACAAGAAAUAAGGGGCUAUUAUGCCCCUGAGCCAGCCGUUAGACCGCAGCCGACCUCUCAUCCUCCUAAGAUGUCAUAUUCAUGAAUUGGGUGCCAUUCUCUUAUGACACAAACACCUAAAACCCAUAAUCUCCGCCCUUUGAGUCUAUGAUACCACCGAGUUAUGUUAUUCAGCGCUACGAUAUUAUCUUUUCAGAUAUAUAGUGAGAUUAGAUUGUGAUGAAUUUAUGGCACAGAACCGAAACCAGCGAAAGGGGCUAAAUCGAUUAUUUUCUGCGUUUUCUCGUUGGACUUGGAUGACUGCAGUCUGGUCACAUGUGGCCAACUACAUGCCAAUAUCAUCGAUCUAUCGGUUGUUUGACUUGUAGACAUUUACACGAUACUCUAUACGACCUUUAGUGCUUUUGCUUAAGAACCAAGCACCGAUAUGAGGACUUGAGGUGGACAAUUACCUAUAUGCUUAUACAGCAAAUCGAUUUAUUUCGCGUUCUCACAA